GGGAAUACACUUUAUUGUUAAAUCUUUUGAGUCCUUUUUUUCUCUCUCUCCUUGUGGUUAGAAUAAAAAAUGUGGUUAUCCACUUCCCCAACUGCACUGACAGUUGCUGUUUCAGUUCCUUCCUCUCUAACUCCACAGGAUUUCAGCUGGAGAAAGUUUAAACUGAAGAGAAAUGGGAAGAUUUCAAGAAAUUUUGAAUUUGCUAUCAGUUGUUCUGGUGAUAAAGCUGUUUCAAUUGGGUUUGAUGUGUCAUUCCCUAAGGACUACACUGAAUUACUUCAACAAGCUAAAGAAGCAACUGAGUUGGCAUUGAAGGACAACAGACAACUGAUGGAAAUUGAAUUUCCAACUGCUGGAUUGAGUUCUGUACCAGGUGAUGGUGAGGGUGGAAUAGAAAUGACUGGAAGUAUACAACUAAUACGUGAGUUCUGUGAUCUCUUGGUUAUACCGGAGAAAGCCACAAAGACCAGAAUUUUUUUCCCGGAGGCUAAUGAAGUGAAAUUUGCAAGACAAUCAAUUUUUGGAGGAGCAUCUUUUAAGUUGGACUAUUUGACAAAGCCUUCUUUUUUCGAGGAUUUCGGUUUCACCGAAAAGGUCAAGAUGGUUGACCGUGUCAAGCCAGAAGAUGAACUCUUUAUCGUGGCCUAUCCAUACUUUAAUGUCAAUGAGAUGCUUGUCGUGGAAGAGCUAUACAAAGCAGCAGUGUCAAACACUUCUAGGAAACUGAUUAUAUUCAACGGAGAGCUUGAUCGAAUAAGAUCUGGUUAUUAUCCACCAUUCUUCUAUCCGAAGCUGGCUGCACUAUCCAAGACUCUUUUUCCUAAGAUGGAGACAGUAUAUUAUAUUCACAAUUUUAAAGGACGAAAUGGAGGAGUCCUGUUUAGGUGUUACCCUGGUCCUUGGAAAGUUUUCCGAAGAGUAGGAAGUACCUACAUCUGCUUGCAUCAGCAGGAAUCAAUGCCAUCCUUGAAAGAAGUUGCUUUGGACAUCCUUCCAUCAGCUUGAUUGUUUUGUUUAUAAAUUACACGGCGAAAUUGUUCAGUUUGCCUUCUUACCCCUGUAAUUUGAAGGAAGAGAAACUUUUCAUAUCUGUGUUCUUUUGUGACCUAUGUUAUUGCAGAAUUCUUAAUUCAUGCAUUAUC